AUGGCUGCCGCCGCCCAGGCCACGCAUCGAGCUCCACCAUCUGCCUACCCUGCCCUCGGCACCGCCUUCCCCGACCUCUCCUCCCUCAGCGCCCUCGUCCACUCCGUCCACCCCACCUCGCCUGCCUCGCCGCACACCACCCCCAACGGCAGCGCCGACUCGCCCAUCGACGGCACGACCGCCUCGCCGCCCGAGCUCAUCGAGCGCAGGAGAGGUCCCGAGGUGAGCUGGACGUGCAAGCUCGGGACGCGCAAGCCGGGCAGGAGGAGGGCCGGCGAGCGCAGGAAAAGCGUCGAGGAGCUGUGCGGGUUCCGCCUCACGGCCGUGCGCCAGUCCUCCUCGAGCACCAGCUCGUCCUCGUCCUCGGCGCCGUGGGUCGUCACCUCGUUCGCGCCGCACGUCGCCGCCGUGCACGCGCAGGGCUGGGUCGCCUCCGAGGCGCACGACGCCGCCGUACGCGCCGGCAAAGUCCCGCCGCCGCCCGUCGUCCUGCCCAAGCGCGACGGCUCGGGCCGGUUCGCGCGCUCGCGGUCGGCGACGAGCGAGGAGCCCGGCGGCUUUUCUCUCGAGGGAGCGGUCGAGGGAGGAGACGACAGCAGCCCGCCGCCCGACACGAUGCGCAUGAAGGGCGGCACGCUCGUCCCCCUCGUGCCGCUCACGCCGGGCCUGCUCGGCGACCAGCGCGUCAAGCCCGUUCGGCCCCGGCGGGACCGCGAGCACGUCGGCGACGGGGCGUGGGACGCCUGGCGAGCGGGCUGGGCGGGCGAGAGCGGCGAGGGCGAGGACGAGGAGCGCAGGAGGGCGAGGAGGAAGGAGGAGCGGGAGAGGGUCGAGCGCUUGGGAGGGUACGGCGCCCUGCGCUCGUGGGGCUGGUGCGAGGGCCUGCUCGAGCCUCUCGGCGACGAGGGCGAGCUGCAGCCCGUGCAGCAGGAGAUCGAGCACGCCGUCAUCGGCGACGUUCCGCCGCUCGAGGACGACGCGGCCCUGCGCCGCCUCGUCUUCGAGGUCGUCCCCUCCUCGUUCCCUCCCACGCCUUCCCCUCCUCCCGACGUCUCGUCGACCCAGCCCCGCAAGCGCUCGAGCACGACCGCACGCCUCGCUCCCGGCCGCGGCGGCAAGCGCUCGCGCAGGGCCAUCGACCCCGAGUGGCUCCCGAUCCUCGCGCCGCGCAGUCAGCGCAGCGCGACACGCGCAGUCGCCAUGCUCGAGGACAUUGCCGAGACGUGCGACGAGGAGGAGGCGCAGAGCCAGGGCGGGCGCGAGGCGGACGGCGACGAGGAGGAGCAACACGGCGAGUCGACCUUCUCGAGCCCGAACGACCUGCCGCCCCUCAGGCAGUCGUCGCCCGUCGUCCACUUUGCGUCCCACCUCUCGUCGGCGGGACCCAUCCGCUCGACCCUCGCCGCCCUCGCCCCGUUCACCUCGUCCUCCCGCCGCGCCUCGACCGCGAGCUCGACCGCCCUGUCGCCCUUCUCCUCGCCAACCGCGUCGCGCGACUCGUUCUCCCGCCACGACUCGACGACGACGUCCGACACCUCGAUCGUCUCGUCCGAGCCGUCGCAGUUCCCGCCCAACGCCGCCGCCGCCGCUCGUGGGCCGACGUCGCUCCGCCCCCUGCGCCCUCGCCCGCCGCUCGCGCCCAUCCUCGCCGCACCACCACCUCCCCCUCAGCAGCACCCCAAGAAGUCGAAGCAGCGCCGCAAUCGCCAGGCGCAGCCUCGCGCCCGUCGCCCGUUGACGACCUCGCCGGGCGUUCACGCGAGCGCGAGCGCCGCAGCGGCCGAGGCGUACGCGAGUGCGCUCGAGGAGCGCUCGAGGCUCGAGGACGAGGCGGUGUGGGCGUUGGUCGGCAUGGGCAGGAGGGCGAGCGUCGGGCGGGAGGGGUCGGCGGGAGGAGGUACGCUCGAGCCGGUCCUCGGGGUCGGUGCGGCGGCGGGUGGACGGGGAGGGCAGCUCUGGGAGCGGGAGCACUGGGGCGUGUGA